ACCGAUAAAAAGUCGAUGUUGUUUCAAGCCCCAAGCUCACGAACGUAUAGUAGCUGUGACACGCCGAGUAAGUUCUCUGACGAAACUGACGAGAUGGCCAGAGAUCCAGCAGCUGAUCAACUUGCUAACUAUCAAAAAAGUAUCAAGGGCGACGUUCCAGUUUUACUGACCGGAAAUGGAGCACCGAUUGCAAAUAAAACGGCCAGUCUUACGAUUGGCCCACGUGGGCCGACGUUGCUACAGGACUUCACGUAUCUCGACGAAAUGUCGCAUUUCGAUAGGGAGAGAAUACCGGAACGUGUCGUCCAUGCCAAAGGAGCUGGUGCUUUCGGUUAUUUCGAAGUGACCCAUGACAUAACGCAAUACAGCAGGGCCAAAGUAUUCGCGGGCAUUGGAAAGAGAACGCCGAUAGCCGUGAGGUUUUCCACGGUUGGUGGAGAGAGCGGUUCCGCGGACACGGUGAGAGACCCUCGUGGCUUCUCAGUAAAAUUCUACACGGAGGAAGGCAUAUGGGAUCUCGUUGGGAAUAACACGCCUAUUUUCUUCGUCAAAGAUCCAAUGUUAUUUCCAAGCUUUAUUCACACUCAGAAAAGGAAUCCUGUCACUCACCUGAAGGACUCUGACAUGUUCUGGGACUUUUUAUCUCUUCGUACGGAGUCACUGCACCAAACGAUGAUAUUAUUCAGCGAUCGUGGUAUUCCGGAUGGGCAUCGACACAUGAAUGGCUACGGUUCCCACACGUUUAAACUCAUUAACGACCGUGACAAAAUGGUCUACUGCAAAUUCCAUUACAAGACUGAUCAAGGAAUUCGCAAUCUUCUUGCGGAAAAGGCAGCAGAGCUUGCAUCAUCGGAUCCGGAUUACGGGAUCCGAGAUUUGUACAACGCAAUUGCAAAGGGAAAUUAUCCAUCGUGGACACUAUACAUCCAAGUGAUGACUCUCAAAGAGGCUGAAACUUUCCGAUGGAAUCCCUUUGAUGUUACGAAGGUAUGGCCGCACAAAGAGUAUCCUCUGAUACCCGUCGGUAAGCUCGUCCUUGACAGGAAUCCGACUAAUUAUUUCGCUGAUGUCGAGCAAGCAGCGUUCGAUCCUGCUCACAUGCCGCCCGGGAUCGAGCCCAGUCCGGACAAAAUGCUCCAGGGACGUCUUUUCGCUUACGGCGACACACACAGGCAUCGACUGGGACCUAAUCAUCUGCAGCUUCCCGUCAAUUGUCCUUACAAGGUCCUUUCGACCAUGAAUUAUCAGCGAGACGGUUUCAUGACGCUAAACAAUCAGAACGGAGCACCGAAUUAUUAUCCCAACAGUUUCAGCGGGCCCCGAGAAUGUCCAGGAGUCAGUUCUCCAAGUUUUUACGUAGCGGGUAACGUGGAUCGUCACGACCCGGUUGACGAGGACGAUUACAGCCAGGCCGGCACACUUUAUCGCGACGUUCUCGACGACGACGCGAAAACUCGUCUCGUGAACGCUCUCGUCGGCAGUCUUUCCGGCGCAUCGAACUUUAUCGUCGAAAGAGCCGUGCAAAAUUUCUCCAAGGUUGACAUUAACCUCGGCAGAAGACUGACCGAGGGUCUCAGACGAGCGGGCAAAAAUAUCAACAUUUCCGGCAAAUCUGCUAAUCUCUAAAAGUAUCAAAUUUCGCAUGAAAAAAAUGGUGCCGAAGCAUGCAUCGUUGAAAUGCAGCGAAGAUUCAGUUUUUUCUCAAACUUAUGUCAAUGGACCUCCAACUCGAAAGGAAAAAUUCCGAAAACAUCCGAGAAAAAUGAAUAAUUCGCCUCGCAUUCCAACGAAUCGAAAUUCUUUUCCAUCAAAGAUGAACCGCCGAUUCAGACAAUCAACUUUUGUUGAUUUACACAUACGACAAUAUUUUUUGCACUUUGUCUAUCGAAACUUGUAUUUUUUGCGCUGUUAUAACCUACGUAUUUUGCAAUUCCAUGCUGUAAUGCUGGGAAACAUGUAAAGUUUCCAUUAUUAAUCGUAACUUGGGCUCAGAGUUUAUUACGAGCCUGUUUUUCAGAAUUUAUUAAGUUCGUUAGUUUUUUGUACUGCAUAAUAUAAUUGGUAUAUAAUCGAUAAACAACACACCGAAUGAUGUUAUAAUUUUUGUACCGAUGUCAUGGUUACACAUUAUAAAAAAUUAAACUCAAUUUUAACCUCAA